AUGGCUGCUGGGUCGACAUGUGGCCAUGCUGGGGUCACAGCUGGCUGGGGGGAGCUGCUGGGGGGUCUGGGGUCACAGCUGUGCACAAGGAGCGUCAGCCCUGCAGCCCCCCGGCCUGCGCUGUUCCCCGAGGAGGGCAGUUGCCAGCUGGAUGCCCAGUCAGCCCCUGACCAGCCCCAGCCUGAGCUGCCCGACGUCUCUCCAGCCAGCAGCACGAGUUGCCUGGGGGAGAAUGAGACAACUGAGGAGCCACGUCAUGGAGGCAUCACGGCGACUGCGCUCUACCUGUGGGGCAGCGUGAUGACGGCUCUGUCUUACCCAAAGGCACCUGAUCUAUCCCAACACAGGAACCCCCCGCAAGGCCCCUUCCGGAGAGUACCCACCGCCUGUGAGAGAUCUAACCAUACUGCCCCAGCCACUGGCCAGCCUGGCCCUGUUGGACUCACCGUGCUCCCGGUUCCCCCAGCGCUCCACUGUUACGCUUGCUCAGCUGGUGCGGGCCCCACAUGGGAUGCAGCCCCCAACCGCAAGGACUGGCUGGACCCCCUGGGGCUGAGGCAGUGGUCCUUGCACACUGCCAUGGAUCUCAGCAGAAUCAAGAGCUUCAUUUUUCCUAGCUAGGAGCAUGGGGCAGCAGCCCCUUUCCCCUUCCCUCCUAGUGUGGCACAACUCACUUCCUUGCACUUCUGGGACCUCUGAUCCCUGGGGCUGUGCGGGGCUGGAGGUCCCUGCUUCACUUCUAAACCAGCAUUUGUCCCCCUGACCUGGGUCAGGGGUGUCCUUCACUUUGGGGCUGCUGGGACAGGUUGGGGCAGAGUUGGCUUGCUGUUGGGGUAUUGAGGUGGGACCUACUAGCUGGAGGGUAGAAAUGGGGUACCCUUGGGCUGGGGUGCUAGGGCAAGGGGGGUGUUGUACCUCCUCCUACAGUGAGUGGGUGGCCCUUGGUGGUGCUGGGCAGAGGUGGUGUGUGGGAUGUAGUAGGAUGCUGGGGCUGUGUGUGCAGGGUGGAGGGGCUGGGGCAGUGACCCCAGUGGAGGAGUGGGGUGCUCUCAGAGGAGGGGGGGUGCCUGGGCAAGGGGAGAGGAGGUAGGAGAGAGCAAGCAGCCCAAGCUGGCUGGCCAUAGCAGCAAUUCCCCUUGGGUGCUGCCAGGCCAUUUCUCAGGAGGUGUAAGGGUCACACCAAGAGGGGACCCCAAUGUGGUUGUGCCCUGCUGGGCUUGGAGGUGGUGAGGUGUGUUUAAGGCUGAGCUUCCUUAUCCUGCUUAUGUUGGGUGCUUUGAAACUGGGGUGUUCUGUGACCCCACACCAAACCCCAGCUGUCUGUGGCUGUAAGCAAACAGUGCCUGACUGCUCCUCAGAGCGGGGAGAAGGCACCUUGUCUUGCUGACCAGCCCAGCUCAUCGUGCCCCUUCUUUUUACUGUGGAUUUUACACCUGUUUUUCACUCUUUUGUAGAUGCGAAUCUCUUCCAAUAAAAGUAGUUCUUGCUGUGUACCUGCCUUGUCC